AUGGAGUCCCAACAGGAAAUGGCAGCAAGUCUUUUGAAGACAUCCUCUAUGUCUCUAAGGACAAAAUUGCUACAUCAGACGGGAUUGUCACUUUAUAAUACAUCUCACGGCUUCCAUGAGGAGGAAGUAAAAAAAAAACUUCAGCAGUUUCCUGGUGGAUCCAUUGACCUUCAGAAGGAAGACAAUGGCAUUGGCAUUCUUACUCUGAACAAUCCCAGUAAAAGGAAUGCCUUCUCGGGUGUUAUGAUGCUACAACUUUUGGAAAGAGUGACUGAAUUGGAAAAUUGGACCGAAGGGAAAGGUCUCAUCGUACGUGGGGCAAAAAAUACAUUCUCCUCAGGAUCCGAUCUGCAUGCUGUGAAAGCACUAGGGACUCCAGAGGAUGGAGUGGCCUUAUGUAUGUUCAUGCAAAACACCUUAACAAGAUUGAUGAGACUUCCUUUAAUAAGUGUUGCCCUGAUCCAAGGCUGGGCCUUGGGCGGAGGAGCAGAGUUUGUCACGGCAUGUGAUUUCAGAUUAAUGACGAGAGAGAGUGAGAUCAGAUUUGUUCACAAGGAAAUGGGCAUAAUACCCAGCUGGGGCGGAGCUACCCGACUGGCUGAUAUUAUUGGCAGUAAACAAGCUCUCAAAGUGUUAAGUGGGGCUCUCAAACUGGAUUCAAAACUAGCGUUAAGUCUAGGGAUGGUGGAUGAGGUCUUGCAGUCCUCAGAUGAAGCUGAGAGUCUAAAAGAGGCCCAAGAAUGGCUCAGUCAGUUUACCCAAGGGCCGCCGGAAGUGAUCAGAGCUCUGAAAAAAACCGUUUCUUCAGGCAAAGAGCUUUGUUUCGAGGAGGCGUUACAGACUGAAAGAGAUCUUGUUGGGACACUUUGGGGUGGACCGGCAAAUUUGGAGGCUAUUGCUAGGAAAGGAAAAUUUUGUAAAUAG